ACGGUCCGACAAGGUAGACGUUUUGGCGCAGAUUGGACGGUUAGGUUGGACGUGGACACCGGUUAAAUUCAAUCGAUCAAAGCGCAAAGCAUACUUUGUUCUUAUUGGCGCUCAUCGCUGGCUCUCGGAACCGAUGCGAUAAUUCGCAAGUGAUAUUUUGCAGUAUCGUGGUAAAAUAUUUUCAAUCUUGUGGGAAAGUUUUCCGUAGGACCAGUGAAAUUUUUGAAAGUACCUCUCAGCAGGUAACCGAUUCGAGUGGAAGCAAGUGCCCUUUCGUGCCCAGAUAGCUGGCACUCUGUACGAGCGUCGCGAGGUAAACGAGAUGAAGUGGCUAAGAUAACCGGGUACGAGUCUUCCGAAAGUGUUGUGCUUGGAGAGAAAGGUAACAAAGUAACAAGUACACCCAACAGUGUCCCGACAUAAAUGGUGAUAAAUCAUUACAAAUUGAAGGUUUGACGUGUGAAAUUUGGCAUCCAAGCAAUCGACAAUAGUGAAACCCGUGGGAAGGAGCUGCAUCACACAAAACAUGAGUGAUUGAUCGGGUCGGAAUACAAGUCAGUGGUAGUUCGGUGCGAAUAUUGAGUGACAUACUUACCGGUUGAAUCGUGAAGAUUUGCGAAUUUUGGAAGAAAAGUGUCAAUUCCUCGCCGUUGUUCACGUGAUAACUUUGACUCGAAAGGGUGAAUCAUUGCAUCAAAGUGCUUCCGCGUAACGGUAUUCGUGGAUACGACAGUGUGAAACAAUUUACUCUCACUUUCUGACUGACUGACGGACGGACAGACGGCCGAGUUCGGGACGGAUAGCAGGAUGAAGCUGUACAUCGUGUUGAUUGCCUUGCUGGCUUUGCAUCACAGUGUGGAAGCGAAAAACGACACUACCGAGGUAACCGAAGCUUCCCCUAAGAAGGAAGAAACUACUGAGAAAACCGUUCCGGUGGCUUCCGACCCAGAUAAUCGGGGCAAACGUAAUUUGGAGUUGGGAACCCAUGGUUACAAUUAUUACCAAACAGCUCCGUAUCGGGCAGAUCGCAGAAUUUCCAAUGCCUACCAAGAUCCGGGACCCUAUUAUCAAACCAGCAACUAUAUUCAUCACCCACAGUCGCUUGUUGGUCCCUCGCCAGCCCAUCACUAUCAUGGAUUCGAUAGUGAUAUUUCCAAUUCCGUCAAUAGCUUCCAAUCGGGGCCUCACCAUCAUCAGCCCGUUUACGUCGAUGCACCGGAACCAAUUAUCGAGAUUAUCAUAAAGGAAAGUAACGAAUCGGCUCCUUAUGAACAUCAAGCAGCGAGUCCGAUUCCUAAGAAAAAGGAAGAAGUGCAAGUAUUUUACGUGAAAUACCACAAAGAUGAUAAGCAUGGAAUUGUGCUGGAUACUCCUGUUCCUGCUCUGAAACCUCUACCAGAUGAGAGUGAAGAGGAAGAGGAUCUGAGCUCUUUGCAUGAAGAACCGAUCGUAGUUACACCUGGGCCACCGCAGAAGACUACCACAUUGAGAGCGAUUAUCAAUCCUGACUCGGAAAAAUAUCACAGUAAUAGCGGGAUCCGGAUAUCAUUUGGUGUUGAGGACAAGCAUCAGAGUGGCCACCAACUGUCGGAGUCUGAAAGUGAGAGCGUUGCGCAACCAGUGGUAGCACUUCCGCAAGGACAACAUUCACCUCAACCGCAGGCACAUAAUCAGUUCCAGUCUGCUCCUCCAGCACAGCAGCAUCAAUACCAGUACCAUCAAACUAGUCAACAAAAAGCCGAUCAAUUCUAUCAACAGCAUCAACAGUUCGUUCAACAACGGUCCUUCCCAACGGCAGCUCCGUUUGCUUCUCAACCUCAAUACCAGCAGCAACCACCUCAGCCACAGCAAAAUUUUGUUCAAAACUUUGGACAACCGACAUCUCAAUCCCAAUAUCGUUCCCAACCACACUUUCAAUAUCAGCAGUUUCAAAAUCCACCGCACCGUUUCCAACAGUUCGAUCAAACACGCAACAACUACGUGCAACCACAGUCACAAUAUCGAACAACACAUCAACAAAACCAACAUUUCGCCCAGCAACCGGCUCGAUCACAAGCUCAUUUCGCGGCUCCUCCUCUACCACCGCCACCACCACCGCAACCACAACCACAACCUCAACCACAGCCUCAACAGCUACAGCAACAGCAAUACUUUCCUUCAGCACAACAGCUUAGACAACCUCAACCAGACUUUCAGCAGCAUACUCAACCAAAACCUAUCCCAAUCCCACUGCACAAUAUCAACAAUCAACCUCCGCUAAGACAACAGUAUACCCAAGCUUCUCAGCCGAAUCAGUUUAAUCAACCCUUCAACAGUUUCUACAAACACCAACAAACCCAUCUGGUUCCCAGACCUUCGAUCCAACCCAUCCCGUCUCCAGCGCAGCAACAAACGCUUCCUCCAUAUCAACCACAGCACCAGCAACAACACCAACAACAGCAGCAACAACAUCAACAUCAACAACAACAGCAACCGCGCUUCCCUGAAAACAAACGCCCUCUCGCCAACCGUGGAAACUUUGUUGAAAUUCCUCGGCCCGUUCAGGGAGGUCUGGUUCAGCAGGCCGCUCCCAAUCUCGGUACCACUCGUACUCCCGAUCAACCGAGUGGUGCGUUAGAACAUCAGAACAAUCUGCAGAGCAUUCUUCCACUUGGUGGUGAGCUGGUGCAAAGUGUUCCCAAGUAUGAAAGUCACAUUACCGAACACGUUAAAACAGAGGGUCAAACGAAACUUAACUUUGUCUCCAGCCCGAACCACCAAUUCGCGCAAGGACCGGCAUACAAAAUUCUCCCAUCGCAGGAACUGAUCAGUCACUCGGUCGCUCCACAGGUUGAAAGUAAUUCCCAGAAAAAUUACCCACAUCCGCCAUUGCCGACUCCACAGCAGUAUGUGAGUAAUGCAGUACCGCAAAUCAUUCCAAAUUCGGAGCCCUUGAACAACAACUUGCGAUUGGCAAAUCAUGUGUCGCAUUUCAUCAAUGUCUCCCCUCGCACUAACUAUGCUCAGCAAUCACAGCAGUCGAGACCGCAACCGCAACCGCAACCACAACCACAGCCGCAACCGCAACCGCAACCGCAACCUCAGCCCCAGCCUCAACCACAGCAACAACAACAGUCAUCCUUCGUCUGGAACGGAGGUCCAACUCGUUCCACCCCGAACGUUUAUUCACCGACAUUCCAGACCACACCAAGAACCCAACAGCCGCAGUUCCAACAACAAAACAAUAUUCGAUCGCAAACUCUGCCUCAUUUCGGAACCCGCACGACUGCCUCCUAUCAAAACACACCAAUCCAACCAACAACGGCACGAACCACAUCCACUCAGCAACCUGCUCCAACUACAACGGUAGUCCCCAUUACUUCCGAUAAGAAGCAGAAAGCCCUACUAGAUCUACCUGACGAGGUCCCAGAUGACAUUCGGCAGCAUCUGCUAUCGUCCGGAAUACUGGAAAAUGCAGACAUCAGUGUGCUCGAUUACGACAAGAUCGGAGGAACGAAUCUGGAGAAUCUGCCCCCAGAGCAUCUGGCUAACUUCUUCAGUUCCGGUGGAGCAUCCCAGCUGGCCAGUUCAAGCAAUGUGGUGUCCGUACUGAAACCCAACGGUGACAAAAUAGCUGAGAAGUUCAUCUCCAAAAAUUACGACGUAAAAGACAAACGAGUAAAGUAUGUACUUGAAGAUCAGGAAGAAUAUGGGCAACAGAACACGGAUGAGCCAACAUUAGUGACCAUGCCGGAAAAGCAAAAUGUCGAUCUGAAAGUGGUGCGGUUUGAUUCAUCCAGCCAGAAGAACGUUACCGAUCGGUACAUUAAGCAAGACUCCACCAUUCUGCCGUCGGUAGAUGUGGCCAACGAGUCUGAACCGGCGUAUAACCGAUAUCUACCGCUGAAGAUCAACGGAGCUCAAUUUCCAAUUCCGGAUGCACCCGAACUGCGUGGUAGACGCAUUUCCAGUGUGGUAGUUCUGGCACCGGUAGAAAAUAUGCUGCCAAACAAUAGUUUUGUGAUCAAUGCCGAAGCGGAGCAGGAACGACGUGAAACGGAGGACGAACAACAGUCCCGGUACGAGCGGGAUGCACUCUCGGACUCGAACAAGAUCAAGUUCAUUGCCGACGAGGCGUUAAAACAGUUGAUCAAGAAACCGUCGACGGAUAACUUCAAGCGGUGGUUGGAGCGUGAAGGUAAAACCGAUGUCGAUCUCCAGAGUGUUGUCCUACUAGUUACAAAAAACGAGAACGACGACCAGGAGAUCUUCAUGUACGACAUUGCGACCAAAGGCGUAACCCAUCUAAACGGUGAACUGUCGUUGGCGUUCGUCAAGGUGGCCGAAGAAAAUGCCAAAACCCACGAUCUGGACGAUAUGCCCAUCGUUGACAGUGGAAUCGUGGAGCAAAUGGAAACAGCCGGUAGUGCGCGUCCAACCGAAAACACCGACCAGGAUGAGGACUCGUAUACUAGCGCACAGGACUUCAGUUCGCUGGAAGACGAAGAUGGGCUUGCCGAACAGUCGGAACAUUACGAAACCGUCGUCAAGUUUGACCAGAAACCCAUUUACGUGUAUCCGAUCAAUAGCAAGUACCGAAGUGUGCAGAUCAAUUCCGGUUACAGCAGUAUCAAGAAUUAGGAGGCCAGGAGCGUACGAGAAUGAGCGAAUGAGAAAUCGAUCAAGUCUUCUACAUAGUUCAAAUUUCUACUAAAAGUGAUGAUGAUGUGUGCAUGUGUGUGCGUGUGAAGUACGAGUGCGAAUAAGUUGAAGCUUCUGCUGGAUGCGAUCAGAAGACCAUUUGAAUCUCUACAGUAUUUCUUUCAAAACGAUUUCGACAAGCGUACCAUAAACCGACUUCGCUCAGCGAAAAUGUCUGCACAUAAGUAAAAACAAAACAGGACACUUUUCAGAUAGAUUAAUAGUAUAGCAAUUGUAGGUAUUUCUGUACAUAUUGAAAACUCUACUGCCCAUAUAGAGCACGUGUUCGUGCGUGUUCGAAUGGAGAAUCCAUGAAAUACGGGGCCGGUGAAAAUAAGUGACAUAUAACAAACGACAUUCUACCCGGUAGCCUGGUAAGAAUUAGGUUUUUAGAACGUCCGAAAGGAGCGAACCAAGAGUUCUGAACUCAAGCUUAGGUAGAGUUGCAAGUGACCACUAAAGUCAGUAGAUCGUAGUCUGAAACCGUAACGGAUGGCGCGGUUACAGUAUUUUCCUUACAAUGUAGUUGAAGAAAAAAGAAAAUAUAACGAACCCAAAUAUUUGGCAGAUUCAAAUCUUUUUCCGUAGAAGUAAUUUUUCCAGAAUUACUUCUUAGCGAGAAUGUAAUGAUCAUACGUGACGAAUUAUUUAAAUAAAUUAAAUUAUAUGUUGUUAAAACGCGCUGAGCAGGUUCGACUAAACAAAACACCGCAUUUUCGGAAGCGUUGUAAAUUAUUAAUUAUUUCUAAACUAGUGUUAUAAUUUACGUAGCCACAAUAUGACAUUAGCAGUGCCGAGUAAAAUCUAGUUUUUUUCUUUCGUUCGUUAGUUCUGUUACAGCCGAACUCUUUCUAUAGAAAUAAAUUUAACUUGUAGCAAAAACUAAA